CCUUGUAGAUGCCCGUCACCUCAGCGUCGCCGCCGCUCUCCGGAGGAAAGAGGCCCGGGGCGGGGAACCGAGGGAAACGAAAGCGAAAGCGGGCGCCGGUCGGUCGGCACCAUGGCGGUACCGCUGCUGGUGCGGCUCUGCCCCGCGCCCGACGGCGGAGAGAAGGCGAUGCUGAAGCUGCAGAGCUACUUCCAGUCCCCCAAGCGCUCGGGGGGCGGCGAGUGCGAGGUGCGGGCCGGCCCCGAACCCGGCACCUAUCGGGUGUACUUCCAGCACGAGCAAGAUAAGCAGAGAGUGGAGUCCCGCGCGGAUCACGUCUUGGAGCUGGGGGGCAAAGUGCUGAAGGUCAUCCUGCAGCCCUUGGAAGGGGCUCGGAGCAAAAGCCCCGCCGUGGUGCAGGCAGACCGCGGCCAAGCCCAGCACCUCUCCCCGCCGGGAUCUGCGGAGCUGCGAGCGACUCAGGGACACCGGGAUGGAGCAGCAGAAGUGCUGACCAAAAAGAUUUUUCUUACAGUGUCCGCAGUGUUGAAUACCAGAAUGUUCACUGAACAGCAAAGGGAGAGAAUUGCUAUUAUUUGUCCAAACUUAAGAAGAGAAGGAAAUCCUGACGUUGAUGGCUCUGAGAAACUGACAGGAGAUUAUACAGAUAUCGAAAAAGCUUAUUGUUACUUUAAAGACGUCCUUGCAGGCAACGACCAACACUAUGAUUUCCUGCAUUCUGAAAGUAAGAAAGGUUUGGAAGAUGAAAAUGGUCUGAAUACCAAAGAAAUGAAUACACUUACAGUUCCAUCAGCUAUCUAUGAAUAUUUCUGUCAUACAUGCAAAGAACAGAUUAAAGAAAUGCAUAAACGUUUUGGAGUGUGGGUAAAAAGUAAGGAUUGUUACAAUGGGAACACAUCAAUAUCCUUCCUUUCUGAUACAAGUCCCACGUCAAUACGAAGAGCUAUUGAUUUUUUUACCAGCGCUUUUCAGAAGGUUGCCAAAGAUGUGGCACAGGAAGACAUUCCCAUAGCAAACAUUCACCAGUUAGAUGAGACAAUAAUGAAAUUAAAUGCUAAAUUUACUAAUCUUCUUGUCAAACAGAAAGAUAAUCAGUUGCUCCUCCGUGGUCCAAGAAAUGAGAUUUUAGCUGCCAAAAUAUUUCUAGCAGAGGAAAAGAGGAAAAACCAAGAUGAAAAGGAUACCAAAAUACCUGAACUGACCACCAACGGGAAUAGAAUUGAAGUUGAUGCUUCUUUGUUUAAGCUAUUGGCACCUGUGUUGAGAAAAGAAAUUGAAGACAUUGAAGAAAGCUUUGAUGUUGUAAUAGAAAAGACAGACAGCUCAGGUGGCCAGAAGGUGCUCUUAGUAUUUAAACCUAGGAACAAAACUUCUGAUAUGCUUUUACAUUCUAUUGAAAGUUUCAUCAAUAGAUUUCAGAAUGCCUUUGCAAUGCUAAGAAAAAAACUUGUCAGCUGGAAGCUUUCAGAACAGCAGAAAAGGAAAUUAAAUACGCUUCUGGAUGAAAAGAAGUUGGAAAGCCUGUAUGUAAAGCUUAAGAAGAAUGAAGACAAAUUAACUUUAUAUGGUUUACCAAACUAUGUUCAUGCUGCUGAAAAGCACAUUAUGUACCUUCUCAAUGCUGAAGAGCCUUCAGAAACUAAAAAAAGGACACCACUGCCCUCUGAUCUCAACAACCAAGAAGCUUCAGGAGUGUGGGAGAAAUACGGUGCCAGGGAAAAGAGUAGUUAUUCUUCCAUGGAACAGGCUAAGGCAAAGACAGAAGACACCGAUGAUACGUGCCCUAUUUGCAUGGAGAAAAUUAAUAAUAAAGAGAUCCUGACAAAGUGCAAACAUGCGUUUUGCAAAAGUUGCAUCAAAAUGGCUUUGGAAUACAAGCAAACUUGUCCUGUUUGUAAUACUGUCUAUGGAGUCAUGCAAGGAGAUCAACCAGAGGGAAGAAUGCAGUAUAAAAGGAUUUCUACACCUCUCCCUGGCUAUCCCGGUUGUGGUACUAUCGAGAUUGAAUAUGUUAUGCAGAGCGGUAUUCAAACUCAGAACCAUCCAAACCCAGGGAAACCUUAUGGUGGAAUUAUUCGGAAGGCAUAUUUGCCUGACAAUGAGGAAGGGGUGAAAGUUCUGCAGCUCCUCAGAAGAGCCUUUAACCAAAAACUGAUUUUCACAGUGGGGAAUUCACGUACUACUGGUGCAGAAGAUGUUAUCACAUGGAAUGAUAUUCACCACAAAACCUCCAUGUAUGGUGGACCUGUGAAUUUUGGUUACCCUGACCCUGAUUAUCUGAAGAGGGUUCGAUCAGAACUGAAAGCAAGAGGAAUUGAGUAAGGAAAUGUACCAGCUGUCAACUCUGAAGUGUGAUAACUCAACAUGCAGCAGUUCUUUUACUGUUCUGGCACUACAAAGAGAGAAGUUGGUCUGUUCAACUGCUAUACUUAAGUUACUUGUAUUUCCCUGUGAGCUAAGAAAGUAAUCUUUUCUGGUCAAACUAUGUUUGUUCCCUUUGUACGACUUGCUUCUGUGAACAAUGCUUCCCUAUAUGUACUUCCUCCCUUACAGAAUUCGGGACCUGUGAGUCCAGCAUCGUACUUGCACUCAUCAGACAGCAGGUUGUGUGUUGUCUUCUCAUUUUACCAGUGAAUCUGAUCUGCAGUUUUUCCCACAAGCCUUCAGCCUACGUGCUGGAGGAUUUUUAUGUGUGUGAUGCAGUAUCAGCUGUACAUGGCCAUCAUCUUUUGCUGCUUUUUCUUUCCAGGGUAGAAAUGGCAUUAGUGGUGUGGCACUGAGAAUGGUGUGUGAUAGACUUUUUGUUUGCUGCUGUGUUGUUAACUGUGUCCAAAAAAUGCUGAAUGCUCGGAGAGCCUCCUUGCAACAAAAGGAAAGUGACAGUGCUUAUGGCCAGCUCUGGUAAUGAGCUUCUGACUCUGUGCCUCUUAUUGUAUUUAGGCUUAAACAUCGCUUUUAAGUCAGCUUUGCGUGUAACAACACUGUUCUUCGCAUUGCUUCCAACAAAUGGUUUAAAUUCUGUAAUAAAAAUAUAAUGCCAUUAUUGUUGCUGUUUGAGUAGGCUGCCAGUUGCCUUUGUGCUGGUGGAAGACAGGUUUUACCUGAGUAGCCGUAGUUUUUAAUGAAUCUAACUAUUUGUCUAGGCCAUUGUGUGUAAUAAAUAAAAUUACCACCUGC